CGCAGGCUCCGGGAGGGGCGGCGGCCCUGGUGAUUUCCCGGCCACAUUGGCCCUGUUUGCGCCUCUCUGUUUUUAAUCCUCGAGCCGUUUUUAUCUUAGUUCGGUAAUUGCCCCACCUUGUGCCAGAUCAAGGAUCAGGAGGGUUCAGGAAAAGGAAGCAUGACAAUUUCCCACAUAACCAGAGAAGAGAAGGGAAGGAUGUUAAUUCCUCUUCACCUGUGAUGUUGGCCUUCAAAUCAUUUCAACAGGAACUUGAUGCAAGACAUGACAAAUACGAGAGACUUGUGAAACUUAGUCGGGAUAUAACUGUUGAAAGUAAAAGGACAAUAUUUCUCCUCCACAGGAUUACAAGUGCUCCUUAUAUGGAAGAAAUACUUACUGAAGCAGAAAUUAAAUUGGAUGGUGUCAGACAAAAGAUAUUGCAGGUAGCCCAGGAGCUCUCAGGAGAAGACAUGCAUCAGUUCCACAGAGCCAUUACUACAGGACUGCAGGAAUAUGUGGAGGCUGUCUCUUUUCAACACUUCAUCAAAACACGAUCACUUAUCAGUAUGGAUGAAAUUAAUAAACAAUUGAUUUUUUCAACAGAAGACAAUGGGAAAGAAAAUAAGACUCCCUCUUCUGAUGCACAGGAUAAGCAGUGCGGUACCUGGAGACUGAAAAUCACGCCUGUUGAUUACCUUCUGGGAGUGGCUGAUUUAACUGGAGAGUUGAUGCGAAUGUGUAUUAACAGUGUCGGGAAUGGGGACAUUGACACCCCCUUUGAAGUGAGCCAGUUUUUACGUCAGGUUUAUGAUGGGUUUUCAUUCAUUGGCAAUACUGGACCUUAUGAGGUUUCUAAGAAGCUGUAUACCUUGAAACAAAGUCUGGCCAAAGUGGAGAAUGCUUGUUACGCCUUGAAAGUCAGAGGUUCAGAAAUUCCAAAACACAUGCUGGCAGAUGUCUUUUCAGUUAAAACAGAAAUGAUUGAUCAAGAAGAGGGCAUUUCUUAGAGUAACAUUACUCAGUUUUCUUUCUCUUAAGAACUCCUGAGAGAGACCAAUUUGUAAGACUGUUAUUUAGUAUAUCAUUUUGACUUUAUUGUGGCUUUAGAAAUGUUUUCAGUUGUACUUGUUUUAAAUUGUAUACAGGCUGUACAUAAAAUUACCGAAACAAAUCAUUUCUUAUAUCUUACUCGUGAAAAUUUGCAUACAGAUGUUUGCUUACAUGCCUGUUUGACUUUUUGCUGGCUAAACCUCAUCAUUUAUCUUUGUAAAUGUGAACAUGCUUCAGAGUGCACUUUCUGCCGUACCUGUUUUAAUUUAGCGUGUGUGAAUUUUGGAGCGGUAAUAUUUAGUGGAAGACAGUUAUAGUUUAAGUUGAUGAUUUUUAAAAAAUAUAUAUUUAGUUAUACAUCUGGACUUGAGCUUCCUGUUUAAAUUUCUUGAUAAUAUUGUGCCAAGCCUCCAAAAUAGGCUUAUUAAUUCAUAGACCAAGAGUUUAAAAUCACAUUACCAGUAUACUUCAUGAGGUAUUGUGGUGAGAAUUCAUGUUAUAUUCUGGCUAAUUUUAGGUCAUUUUGAAUCCAUAUGAAACAGCCUUCCAGAAAAAUUGACAGGUACCCAGAUGUUAGUUUCUACAUUUAAUUUUUGUCCUUUAUCACAGAAAGUCUGAUAGAGAAUUGGCACUAACAUUGUAAUAUUUUCACUGAUGUUUGAGUUGAAUUAUAUACUUGCACAUACAACUGAAAAGGUAGUGAUUAUUUACCAGUUUUUGUUGUUGUUAUUAUAUUUAAUUAGGCAUGUUUGGAGGCUUUCCUAUUCUAACAUCUAUCAGAAAUUACAUCUAAAUAAUUAUAAUGAAGUUUUGAAAAUUCUGAAAUACUAAGUUAAUCCAAAUCUUUAUAGUUGUCCAGUUGUGUUAAUGCAUAGUAUGAAAAGUUGCCAAAGAAGAUUUAUCACGUACAAUUCAGCAAUAAGACAGUUGUCAACACAGUUGGGAAUAGCAAGUAGUAUCACUAGUAGUAGAAGUAGUCUCACUAUUAAUAUUUAGAAUUGGAAUUUGCCUACUGAAAUUAGUUAUUUUAGGAAUAUUAGGAAUUAGUUAUAUGAGGAAUUUGCCUACUGAAAAUAGUUAUACCAUUCACUGUGGUGUGAAACUGACUUGAGCGUGGCACUGUUGGCUGACAACUAGACACUUCCAUUUGGUUUUGUGAGUUUUGAGAAUCUGGAUACUGGAUUUUAUUUUUGGAAAGAUUAGCAGCUCUGUUUGCAAGGGCUUAUUCUUGGAAAGGGUAAUUUUCCACAAAUGAUCACCUAAAGGAAAAUAAAAUAUAUACAUGCCUAAUAGA